AUGAGAAACACCGCCCGCAUAGCCGAGACGCUCCCGCUCCCUCAAGCACGCGCUCUCCAACGCCCAUCAGGAAGCACCAUCGCCUCACUCUGUAAAGCAUACAGUCUCCGCCAUGAGACCAUCGAACUAGACGCAGGCAGCGCCUUCCCCCGCGCAACCCUGCACUUCAUCGACUGUGACCCCACGGCGCGCAGCCGCAUCCCCAGCCCCAGCCCCAGCGGCAGCGGGAACGGGAACGACAACUUCGCGCGCGCAGCCGCCCAAAGACUAACCGCGAAAUGCGUCCUGCUCGAGUACACCCUUGCGCCGGAACUCAAGUACCCGGGCCAACUGGCGCAGGCGGCCGCCGCGCUGCGGUACCUGCUGCAGGACCAUGAUGCCGCGGAGAUCACGAUAGCGGGCGACUCGGCGGGCGGGAACCUUGCGCUGGCGGUUCUGGCGCAUCUGCGGGACCCGCAUCCGCUUGUUCGGCCUGUUUUUGAGGGCCGGGAUCACCACCAGCAGCAGCAGCUCCGCGCGGCGCUCUGUAUCAGUCCCCGCUGUGCGAAUGAGUGCUCCGCUGCGAGCUAUACGUAUAACGCUGAUAAGGAUAUUGUUAGUAAGGCGUUGAUGGAGAUGUUCAAUUCGCACUGGGAGCCUGUGAAGGAGGAGGUUUGGGCGACUCCGCUGGCGGGGACGAAGGACUUUUGGGGAUCUGUUCCUGCUAAGAAGGUUUUGCUUCUCGCGGGUACGGACGAAGUUUAUGUGGACGAUAUCCGGGAGUUUGGGGAGUUGCUCGGUUCGUCGAGUCAGACUGACACUGAGCUUGUUCUGUGUGCUGGAGAGACACAUGUACAGGCUAUUCGUGACAUAGCCGUGGGUAAUUGGGAUGGUGUCAUGCUAAAGGUCGCUCUCAACUGGCUACAGAAUCUGGGGAAGCUAAAUGACCCGGGAUUACUGUUGCCAUCAAAUUCGAAGGGAGUUUGCGCGGUAUGGAACGACACUAUGAUCAGUGACGACGGAUUAUGACACACGGCAUGCCCGUGAUGAUGGUUCAGGGGGUGAUCAUUCAUUUCUUUUGUAUUCCGUUACACGUCAAGUGCUAAAUAGAUGUAUAAUAUAAAACAAGAUACCCGAAAAAGACUCAAGGCCGCAAGCAGCCCAUCCUAAAUUAUGCUCAAACACAUGCUUUACAUCUUCUCGCCGUUGGCCUGCUUCAUCUGGCCGUACUUCUUCAGACGGAUAGCGGACACGCCAAUGAAGCCGGUGGUCUCGGUGGGAGCAAAGUCGCCGAUCUCGUCCAUGCUGGACUCGGACAUGUCGUACAGCUUCUCGGUCUCGGAGGAACGGCCGAGAAUGGAGACGCUGCCCUUGUAGGCGCGGCAACGGACCUGUCCGUUGACGGUCUUCUGAGAAGCAGUGAUAGAAGCCUC